AUGAAGGCCGCCCUCCUCCUCUCCGCCCUCGCCUCUGCCGCCGUUGGCGUUGUCGCCGAGGACCUCAAGAUUGACGUUACUCUUCCUGUCGUCUGCGACCGCAAGACACAGAAGGGUGACAAGGUCCAGAUGCACUACCGUGGCACCCUUAAGGACUCGGGGAAACAAUUCGACGCCAGCUACGACCGUGGCACUCCUCUUGAAUUCCGCGUUGGCUCUGGUCAGGUCAUCAGGGGAUGGGACGAGGGUCUACUCGACAUGUGUAUUGGCGAGAAGCGACUUUUGACUAUUCCGCCUGAGUACGGCUACGGCCAGCGAGCCAUUGGCCCUAUUCCUGCCGGUUCUACCCUAGUUUUCGAGACAGAGCUCGUUGGAAUUGAAGGUGUCCCCAAGCCCGAGAAGAUCGAGACAAAGGUUGUUGAGGGUGCCGAGACUGCCGCCGAGGCUAUCAGUGAGGCUGUUGAGUCUGCCGCAUCUGCCACCAAGAAUGUUGCUGGCAAGGUUGCUCAGGCUGUCGUUGAUGCUGCUGGUGCCGCCAAGACCAUCAUUGCAGACACUGAUGACGCUCCUGAGCACGAGGAGCUGUAA